AGAGAGAGAGCAGAGAGAGAGCAGAGAGAGAGAGAGGGAGCAGGACAGACAGACAGAUGGGUGGGUAUUUUACAUCUAGACUCUGGAGGCAGUAGAGGACAGACAGACCCGAUCUCUUGGUUCUCAGCCGGUCCAGGCUCCGCUCACGACACGGUUCCUUUCUGAUUAGUGUCCGAUUGAUAGAUCUUCAUCUGGCCCCUAGGAGUUCCCCCACGACCCCCAGUGGCCCUCGGCAGCUCUCUCACCUUAGACGGGGGACGACAAUGAAUCACCAAGGUGACAGUGCCCAUCUGUAGGGCUGUGUGAGCCUGGCUCAUUGUGUUGACUCUGUGGGACUAGCUGUGUGGGUUUAGGCCUCUGAGGCAGGUUAAUGUAUAACUAAAUGAUAACUCCCACUGCACUGACAGCUGUGGGAUUAGCAUGUUCACCUGAGCUCAGGUGGAUCGGUGCUACAGUAAAGAGAUGUUUUUACUGCUGGGAAAUGGAUCAUUUCCCUGGUUUUCCUGGUUUACAUAGUACUAGGUUGUAUAUCUCAAGUCUGCCGAGUUCUUUGACAUGCUGGAAAGGAUGCAGGUCCCUAAAUCGGAGGAGACGAAGCCCCACUCGCAGAGAAGCAAGGAUGACUACAUCCCAUACCCGCGGAUAGAGGACAUUCUGGAGAAGGGUAGCCCAUACCCGCAGGUGAUCCUGCCCCAGUUUGGGGGUUACUGGAUUGAGGAUGCCGAGGCACCUGCAGGCACCCCCACUUCUUCGGAGAGCAGCUUCUGUGAGGAGGAUGACGGAGGGGGCAUGAGCCCUGCGGGGGGGUUUGGCUUCAGGUUGGAGUGUAACAGCACGGCCAGGGCCUACCGCAAACACUUCCUGGGCAGGGAGCAUAUGAACUACUACUGCACAGGCAGCAGUCUGGGGAACCUCAUUAUGUCACUGAAGUACGAGGAGGCAGAGGGCCAGGAGUUCCUCCGCAUCAUGCUCAGGUCGAGGACAAAGACACACCAUGACAGGAUCUCUCUGGCAGGCCUCAACCAGCUUCCCAGUGUACCCCAGAUAGCCAAGCUUCUCUGCGACGACGUGACUGGCCUGAAGUUCAACCCAGUCCUCUACCCCAGAGGCUCUCAGCUGAUAGUAGGUUAUGACGAACAUGAAGUGAACAAUACCUUUAAGUUUGGUGUCAUCUACCAGAAGUUUGGUCAGACGUCAGAGGAGGAGUUGUUUGGGAACAACGAGGAGACGCCAGCCUUCCGAGAGUUCCUCAGUGUUCUGGGAGACAACAUAGAGCUGAAUGACUUCAAGGGGUUCCGUGGUGGUCUGGAUGUAUCCCACGGUCAGACAGGCUCUGAGUCCGUCUACACCGUCUUCAGACAGAGAGAGAUGAUGUUCCACGUCUCCACUAAACUACCCUUCACCGAGGGAGACAUACAACAGCUCCAGAGGAAGAGGCACAUAGGAAAUGACAUCGUGGCAGCGGUCUUCCAGGAAGACGCCACCCCCUUUGUACCUGACAUGAUUGCCUCCAACUUCCUCCAUGCGUAUGUGCUGGUGCAGGUAGAGAACCCUGGUACUGAACACACUACAUACAAGGUGUCUGUUACAGCGAGGGAAGAUGUACCUCCAUUUGGCCCACCUCUCCCCAAUCCAGCGGUCUUCAAGAAGGGUCCUGAGUUCCGCGACUUCCUGCUGACAAAGCUGAUCAAUGCAGAGAACGCCUGCUACAAGUCUGACAAAUUUGCCAAGCUAGAGGGGAGGACGCGAGCUGCCUUGCUGGAUAACCUUCACGAUGAGCUCCACAGACAGACCCAGGCUACUCUGGGGCUCGGCCACGCUGGGGAGGAGGACAAGCUGGAGAACGGGGGCCAUGGGGGACUGCUGGAGUCAUUCAAGCGUGCCAUGCGCGUCCGGAGUCACUCCAUGGAGACCAUGGUGGGGUCCCACCGUCACCGGAGUCCAGGGGUGGGAGGGGGGGUCCCGGCCAGCUUGAGUGGAGGGGGGCUGCCACAGAGCACCGAGUGCACAAAGAGUACCUUCUCGCCACCAGUGCUGUCAGCCAAGUCUCCCCUGAAGAGUCCAGUGAAGCGUCGUUCAGGCCUCUUCCCCCGCCUCCACUCCAGCACAGAGAGCCCCUCGGACAGACACGCACGCAGUGACCAAAAGACCCCAGACAUUUGCCCCCUCGGACAGGAAGGGAGAUCAGAGACGUCGUCCAACCCCAGCUCGCCAGAGAUCUGCCCCAACAAGGAGAGGCCGUUCCUCAAGCUGAAGGACUGCAGCAGCAGACCCAACAUCUCUCGCUCCUCCUCCAGCACCAGCAGCUUCAGCAGCACCACCGGAGAGGGGGAGGCCCUUGAGGAGCUUGACACUGGAACCCACCCGUCCAUAGCCUCGUCGUCCGUGUUCAGCCCCUUCCCUUCCCUCACCGUGGAGAGCCAAGGCUCGGCCACCCCCCUCAUCAUGUGUCGCAGUCCCACAGAUGUGAAAAGUAAGAUGUCUCCCAGGUCAAACUUGAAGUUCCGCUUUGACAAGAUGAGCCACUCCACAACAUCUGAGUAGAAAUCUGGAUAUUCCAAAAAAGGGACAACACUGGCUGUUGGAGCAAAAAACAGCCACAACAUCACUCACGCAUCACAAUGGAAUCCCAAAAUGUACUUAACUUCAUGACUUAAGGGAAUUAAGUGGACUAGCUAGUGCGUAAGAGCACACACACGCAGACAGAUACUGAGCUGGAAAGGAGAGAGAAUCCUGUGAGUCUGAACUAAGAAGUGGUGAAAGAAAGGUUCCUCUCAGUAUCUCUCUCUCGACAUGUCUGGUACAGAAAUAGCUCACAGUGAGAGGUGCCUACUUGUUGCUGACAUCACACCACAUGUUUAUUGGCCUCUGGUCUGAUUAAAAUACUCAUCUGUAACAUUAACCUGAUACAACUAGACAAGGCAAGUGUUAAAGGUCCAAUGCAGGCAUGUUUAUCUCAAUAUCCAAUCAUUUCUGGGUAACAACUAAGUACCUUACUGUGAUUGUUUUCAAUUCAGA